ACAAGCCGAGGAGGGCUGUAUAAAAGCGCAGGGGCCAUUUUACCUCCAGGUUGGCCCUGCUCAGGACCAGGAGGAAACACCUCCAGCCCGCGACCUCCUCCCACAGGGGGAAAAGGAAAGCAGGAGGACCACAGAAGCUUUGGCACCGAGGAUCCCCGCAGUCUUCACCCGCGGAGAUUCCGGCUGAAGGAGCUGUCCAGCGACUACACCGCUAAGCGCAGGGAGCCCAAGCGUCUGCACCGGAUUCCGGAGCACAAGCUCCACUGCGCAUGCGCACACGCCCCAGACCCAGGCUCAGAGUUUCACUCUUGUUGCCCAGACUGGAGUGCAAUGGCAUGAUCUCUGCUCACUGGCACCUCCACCUCCUGAGUUCAAGUGAUUCUCCUCCCUCAGCCUCCUGAGUAGCUGGGAUUACAGGCGCCCGCCACCAUGCCCAGGAGGACUGAGAAUUUUCUGACGGCAGUGCACCAUGGGAAGCUCUGAAGUUUCCGUAAUUCCUGGGCUCCAGAAAGAAGAAAAGGCGGCCGUGGAGAGACGAAGACUUCAUGUGCUGAAAGCUCUGAAGAAGCUAAGGAUUGAGGCUGAUGAGGCCCCAGUUGUUGCUGUGCUGGGCUCAGGCGGAGGACUGCGGGCUCACAUUGCCUGCCUUGGGGUCCUGAGUGAGAUGAAAGAACAGGGCCUGUUGGAUGCUGUCACGUACCUCGCAGGGGUCUCUGGAUCCACUUGGGCAAUAUCUUCUCUCUACACCAACGACGGUGACAUGGAAGCUCUCGAGGCUGACCUGAAACAUCGAUUUACCCGACAGGAGUGGGACUUGGCUAAGAGCCUACAGAAAACCAUCCAAGCAGCGAGGUCUGAGAAUUACUCUCUGACCGACUUCUGGGCCUACAUGGUUAUCUCUAAGCAAACCAGAGAACUGCCGGAGUCUCAUUUGUCCAAUAUGAAGAAGCCCGUGGAAGAAGGGACACUACCCUACCCGAUAUUUGCAGCCAUUGACAAUGACCUGCAACCUUCCUGGCAGGAGGCAAGAGCACCAGAGACCUGGUUCGAGUUCACCCCUCACCACGCUGGCUUCCCUGCACUGGGGGCCUUUGUUUCCAUAACCCACUUCGGAAGCAAAUUCAAGAAGGGAAGACUGGUCAGAACUCACCCUGAGAGAGACCUGACUUUCCUGAGAGGUUUAUGGGGAAGUGCUCUCGGUAACACUGAAGUCAUUAGGGAAUACAUUUUUGAUAAACAUUCCUCCUGCUUCUACUCUUUCGCAGACCAGUUAAGGAAUCUGACCCUGAAAGGUUUAUGGAGAAGGGCUGUUGCUAAUGCUAAAAGCAUUGGACACCUUCUUUUUGCCCGAUUACUGAGGCUGCAAGAAAGUUCGCAAGGGGAACAUCCUCCCCCAGAAGCCCGAUUACUGAGGCUGCAAGAAAGUUCGCAAGGGGAACAUCCUCCCCCAGAAGAUGAAGGCGGUGAGCCUGAACACACCUGGCUGACUGAGAUGCUCGAGAAUUGGACCAGGACCUCCCUGGAAAAGCAGGAGCAGCCCCAUGAGGACCCCGAAAGGAAAGGCUCACUCAGUAACUUUAUGGAUUUUGUGAAGAAAACAGGCAUUUGCGCUUCAAAGUGGGAAUGGGGGACCACUCACAACUUCCUGUACAAACACAAGAUGGGGUCUCACUAUGUUGCCCAGACUGAUCUUGAACUCCUGGGCUCAAGCGAUCCUCCCACCUCAGCCUCCCAAAGUGCUGGGAUUACAGGUGGCAUCCGGGACAAGAUAAUGAGCAGCCGGAAGCACCUCCACCUGGUGGAUGCUGGUUUAGCCAUCAACACUCCCUUCCCACUCGUGCUGCCCCCGACGCGGGAGGUUCACCUCAUCCUCUCCUUCGACUUCAGUGCCGGAGAUCCUUUCGAGACCAUCCGGGCUACCACUGACUAUUGCCGCCGCCACAAGAUCCCCUUUCCCCAAGUAGAAGAGGCUGAGCUGGAUUUGUGGUCCAAGGCCCCCGCCAGCUGCUACAUCCUGAAAGGAGAAACUGGACCAGUGGUGAUGCAUUUUCCCCUGUUCAACAUAGAUGCCUGUGGAGGUGAUAUUGAGGCAUGGAGUGACACAUACGACACAUUCAAGCUCGCUGACACCUACACUCUAGAUGUGGUGGUGCUACUCUUGGCAUUAGCCAAGAAGAAUGUCAGGGAAAACAAGAAGAAGAUCCUUAGAGAGUUGAUGAACGUGGCCGGGCUCUACUACCCGAAGGAUAGUGCCCGAAGUUGCUGCUUGGCAUAGAUGAGCCUCAGCUUCCAGGGCACUGUGGGCCUGUUGGUCUACUAGGGCCCUGAUGUCCACCUGGCCUUCCUGUUCUUCACUCCCUUCAGCCACAUGCUUCAUGGCCUUGAGUUCACCUUGGCUGUCCUAACAGGGCCAAUCACCAGUGACCAGCUAGACUGUGAUUUUGAUAGCAUCAUUCAGAAGAAGGGGUCCAAGGAGCUGAAGGUGGUGAAAUUUGUCCUGCAGGUCCCUCGGGAGAUCCUGGAGCUGGAGCAUGAGUGUCUGACAAUCAGAAGCAUCAUGUCCAAUGUCCAGAUGGCCAGAAUGAAUGUGAUAGUUCAGACCAAUGCCUUCCACUGCUCCUUUAUGACUGCACUUCUAGCCAGUAGCUCUGCACAAGUUAGCUCUGUAGAAGUAAGAACUUGGGCUUAAAUCAUGGGCUAUCUCUCCACAGCCAAGUGGAGCUCUGAGAAUACAACAAGUGCUCAAUAAAUGCUUGCUGAUUGACUGAUGGA